UCUAAGAUCGUUCACUUUUUGCUUUGUUGCUUAGUUACAAAGUGCAAGAAAACCGUGUUUUUACGUGUCAUCAGCUGUUUGUUUUAUGUUAAUAAGUGAUUUACGAGUGCUUAUAAGUGAUAAUGGAACUAAUACAUGAUCCUGAGCUGAAAAGUAAAUACGAAAAGUGCAAAUAUAAAGUGAAAUACUGGGAGCAUCAGUUCAAGAAGCAGAAUGGAAGGUUACCAUCAAAGUUGGAUAUUCGGGAAGCUAGUAAUGAAAUCCGCUACGCCUAUAAAACCUACUUCAAUCUAAAAUCAGCUGCACUAGAAGCCAGUUUCCAAAACAUUGAUGGUUUUGACUCCGAAGAUGACGAAAACUCAAGCUCAACUCUUAACACACCCAACAUCAGCACCACUGAAGACAGCAAUAAUUGCAGCAGUAAUUUCAAUGCCAGUUCAACAAUACCAUUGGAAGAAUCAAAUUUUCAAGAUUCACCAACUGUCAAUACCAACAAUACAGAGUUAACAGACAAUGUAAACUCUGACAAAACAUGGGGCAAUCACCUAAACAACAAACCUGAAACAAAAGUUACAAAAGCCAAUAAAUUUGAUGCAAGUUCAAGUUUUACAAAGAAACUAUUCAAGAAUUCCAAUCCAUCCAAACGUAAUCUUCGAAAAUCUAUCUCAUUUCAUCAUAGAAACAGUGAUACAAGUUUAAAUGUAUCAGGGAAUAGUUCUUUUUCAUUCUCACAACCUACAACAUCUUGUAUGAAUGAUACUUCUAUGAAUGAUGAUAGUUUUAGUGUUGUUAAUAUGCCUAAUAGUGAAAAUCCAGUAACGAAACCAAUUGAACCUGUAAGAAUGAAUUCGUUGAAUGUUGUGCAGGCUGUACUUGAUGAAAAGUUUUCAACUGUUAGAAAUGUUGAUGCUGGAUGGAUGAAGAGAGUUGCAGUCAGUGCUGGUACUAAGAUGGUGAAUAGAAGUCUGAGUGAAGGUAACUUUGCAUUAAGUCAUCAACUUUAUACUAAUCAGACUAAAGAUACAGCUGAUCAUGACAGUGAUGAGAUUAUUGGUGAUUCUGAUGAGGAUGAAGACUCAAAAUUGCAUUUUAGUAAACGACGAAAGUUGAAUCAUGUUAAUCAUGUAAAUACUUCUGUUAUUCAACCUAUAGAAUUGACUCCAACACAACCAAUUGAAACUAAACAUGAAGAAGUGAUGGAAGUUGAAGAAAAUGUAAAACCUGCUAUAGUUAAACCUGAAAUAAAAACUAAACCAAUUGUGGAUAAAAUUGUCGAUAAAGUAGAAAUUCCAUCCAGAAAAUCAACAAGAAAUCGAAAAACUUUAGUUUCUUUAGAUCUAAAUGACCCGGAUGAUGAACAAGAUCCAUUUGCUAAUGAUGAAGAUGAAGAUCCUGACUUUAUAAAAGAUUCUACUACUAAACAUGUUGAGGAUGAUGAUGAUGAAGGUGAAACACAAGUAAAAGUUAAAAAGAAAUCACUUCCAAAGAAGAAAUCACAACCUAAGAAACAACCGAAAGAAAAGAAACAAAUUGAAGAACAAGUUGAAUCAACCGAAGAAGAAAAAACUUAUGAACUAGAAUUCUCUAUAAAACCAAGGCGUGUUACUGUUCCACGUGAUACCAACUUUAAAAACGUACUCAAAAAGUCUAAGUCUCAACCAGAAUCAUCAAAACCAAAAGAACCUCAAAUGAAAACAGCGCAACAACAGAAGAUGGAGAAACUCGAGCAAAAAAUCAAAAGCGGUAAUCUCAAUGAUAACUUUGUACGCAUUAACCUUGAAAAGAAAACUUACUCCAGAGGUAAAAAGUCGAUUAACUUUAGUAAAUAAAAGAAGUUGUGGAAGCAAAACAAAGCGAAAAAUGCACUUUGCGGGCCUGAUAUGGACAUGCGUGGUUGUGAUGGCGGACACUUGACUUGUUUUAAUUGCGGUAAAGUCGGCCAUUUUGCUGAAAAGUGCCCAAUGCAGAAAGAAGACGCUUUAUUACCUCUCCCGCAGGAGAAAGAAUUUUGUCCUUAUCCUACAUUAGAGGAAGCUUCAGAAAUGGCCAAAGGACAACUUGCGAUCAGAAGGACAAGACAGGAUGAUAAACAAGAUGGCGGGGAUGCUGGAGAAGUGGAUAAAACAGAUAAUCAAGAAGAUGAGCAAGAUGAUGAUGAAAAUGAAGAUGAUUCAAGUGAAGAUAUUGAUAAUAACAUGUUUAGUGACAAUGACGAUGAUGAUUUGUUAGCAGAAACAUUAAGACUAGAAGAGUAUGUUAAAAAGGUUGAUCAACAACAAUUCAUUGACGAUUCCAGAGUGAUCAAACCAUAUUACAACACAAAUGAAGACGGUUCAAUUAUCCCAACCCCACAGGAAGUUUUUGAUGUUCUAGAAAUGUUUGGUCAUUCAUCAUUCCGUUGCGGGCAAGAGAAAGCAAUCAUGCGUAUACUUUCCGGUCAAUCAACCUUGGUCACCUUGAGUACUGGUUCCGGUAAGAGUUUGUGUUACCAACUACCAGCUUAUCUUCUCACCAAACGCGAACCAUGCAUUGCUUUGGUAAUAUCCCCUUUAGUAUCACUCAUGGAGGAUCAGGUAACUGGUAUUCCCAAAUUCCUGAAAGCUGAGUGUUUACACACAAACAAAACUAAAGUUCAAAAGGAGCGGAUAUUAAACGCUAUAAGUACAGGAGAUUUACAUUUGUUGGUUUCACCGGAAGCUGUGGUUGCUGGUGAGAAACAAACAGGUUUCGGGUCACUGUUACGCAAAUUACCGCCAGUUGCAUUCGCUUGUAUUGAUGAAGCACAUUGUGUGUCACAAUGGUCACAUAAUUUUCGUCCUUCGUAUUUGAUGAUCUGUAGUAUUCUGAAAGAACGUUUGGGCGUUAAAACUAUCCUGGGAUUGACUGCUACUGCUACUAGAGCUACCAGUGAUAGUAUUAUUAGUCAUUUAUCUAUUCCUGAUGGUCGAAAUGGCAUUAUUAGUGAUAUUCCACUGCCGAAUAACUUAAGACUGACCGUUUCGAAGGAUGGUAAUCGUGAUAAUGCUUUGUUGAAUCUUGUACUAUCGGAGCGUUUUGAAAAUUUGAAGAGUAUAAUUGUGUAUUGUACAAGAAGGCAGGAAUGUGAACGGAUUGCAUCGUUAUUGCGGACUAGUUUGAUGAAUGAAAAUCAUGUAGAAGUUGAGGAGGGUAAUAAAAGGAAAAGGAAGAAGUUGAAGGUUCAGGCGGAGCCUUAUCACGCUGGUUUGCCUGCUAGUAAGCGGAGGAGUAUACAGAAUAGUUUCAUGCGAGGUGAUUUAAGGAUUGUUGUUGCAACUGUUGCUUUUGGUAUGGGUAUUAAUAAGUCUGACAUUCGAGCUGUGAUACAUUAUAAUCUGCCCAAGAACUUCGAGAGUUACGUGCAGGAAGUGGGUCGUGCUGGACGCGAUGGUCUUCCUGCUCAUUGUCAUUUGUUUUUGGAUGCACAGGGCCGUGAUGAAGACGAAUUACAAAGACACAUUUUCUCGGAUUCGUUAGACCGUCAUGUUAUCCGCAAACUAAACUCGAAGAUUUUUGUCCCUUGUACUUGUAAAGGUGUCUGUCCAAAACACGAAGUGGCCUUUCCUAUUGAACAAACAGUUCAGGCUUUGGAUAUUCCUGAAGAGAAUAUUUCAACGCUUCUUUGUUAUUUAGAACUUCACGAUAAAAGAUACAUCGAAGUUUUGAGUCCUGCGUACACAACUUGUAAAAUUAUCGCGUAUGGUUCAGGGAAUUACAUUCGUAAAGCAGCGCAGGAUUGCCCACCACUUGCAAUGGCGCUGGCACUUUUCGCAAAUAAGGAGAAAGAUAAAGAAAACAUUUUUGAGUUUCCUAUUGUUGAUGUGGCGGCUGCGAUGGGAUGGGACAGUGGGAUAUGCAAAUAUAAACAAAAUCUAGAAUGGACAUCAGAAAAUGGCCAACCAAAACGUUCCUUCCUCACGGUACAGUUCCAUGAUCUUGGUUUUCGUCUGCUUGCGCCUGGGAAUCUCACCGAUGAACAACUAGACGAAGUUUUGGACUCUUUAUAUUCGCGUGUACAAAAUCAAGAAAAAUGUGCGCUGCUACAACUACGCUCUCUGCACGAGACUGUCACCGCAUGCGCAGAAGUCACCUAUCGACAAUGCAUCAACGACGUAGUAACGGAAAAAGAACUCCAAUUGAAAAAUCGCAUACGUGAAUAUUUCGACAGUGCUCAGCCAUUAUCUCUGUACGAGUUGAAACCGAAACCUUGCGAUGAAGGUCUCAUUGCUAACGAUUGCCGCGCUAUGAUUAACAUGUACAGAGAUAAUACUUUCACUGGUAGGGCAUUAGCGAGGAUAUUUUAUGGUAUACAAAGUCCUAACUAUUCAGCUGUCAUUUGGGGCCGCUGCAAGUAUUGGCGAGCGCAUAUCAACUCAGAUUUUCAUAAAAUCGUUCGAAUUGCUACGAAAGAGAUACUGAAACACAGGUAAUAUCCGGUUUGUGAUCAAUUUUACACUCAAGAUGACGCCAUUUUGGUAUUGUGAUAUACUCCACUUGUUAGUUAUUUUAUUCUUAAUCUAUAUUGUAAUGUUAAUUUAAGUUUUGUUUAAAUCUCGCAUUUAAUAACAAUCAGUCAAUGUCUUA